CUUCUUUAAGCCCAUUCUUUUUUUUUAUUAUUUAAUAUUUUUAUAUGUCGUUUUCAGAUAGCCAUUCUUUUCAUGAUUGCCCUUUAAGAACUUCUUCUUUAUUGAUUGUCAGUAAAGAAAAGCAAACUAUAGUUACAGCCACCGAUGAAGUAUUUGACCUUCUUGGUUAUGACCCAAUAGAGCUCGUUGGUAGAUCUAUCAACCUGCUUGAUCCACGCCAAUACUAUGAUACCGAGAGAAAGGAACGUUUCACUCUUUGCCACGCAACCUCUGGCCAUUUACCAUUUGAAAUAUGCAUCCAUCAUGAUCCUCUUACAAACGCUACUGACCUGGAUUAUUGGCUUAUUCGACCUGUCAACACACUGCGUAGAAAGACCUCCUCUCCAUUCACCAUAUUACGUCUCAGCCCAUUUGGCACUAUCGAGCAUGCAUACCCAUCUACCCAAUUUCCACAACAGACACCACAGCUUAAAGGUCAUCCUAUCAUGUCCUUUGUGCACGAGUCAGAUGUUCGAUCCAUGUGUGAGAAACUAUGUCAUUUACGUCGUCGUCGAACUCAUCACACGUUCCGAGUCCGGUGGCUGCGACAAUUUCAUCCUAAAGAAGCUCACACCGAUCAAGACUUUGAAUGGGUCUCGUUGACCGUCAUGAACGCACCCAGAAGAUCAUCAUGCGAUGCUGCCAAUGAUCCUCAGUCUAGACCGAUUUGUAUCAUUCGUCCUGAUCAAGAGCAACAAGUAGAAACAAGCUGUUCCGGUUUCUCAACACCUUAUUUAUUAACUGGAUUAGUUUCGGGCACACUUCGAUUACUUUGGGAAGGUACCAGUGUUGGAUUUAGCUCGUUUUUUGAGUUGGUGGAAGGGAUGCAUACGGCUUUAGAUCAAGGCAAGAUUUACAUGAUUGAGUAUUUUGCACAUCUUUUGACACACGCAUUAAAUGUGGCGAACGAGCUCUUAUAUUUCUCAGAAAGCAAAAAGGAAGAAGAGAUGGUUUAUAUGAAGCAUCAAUAUAAAAUAGAAGAACAUGCAUCAUUAUUAGAAGAGAAAAAGAAGAAAUCUCAAUUUUAUGGAUUGUCUACAGUUAAAGUGGCAGUCGAAAACAAUAUUUGGUCUGUACCACUUUAUACGAAAGCAUCAAAUUAUUUGACAGAUAAAAGUUCAUUUAGAAACCGAACAAACAACAAACAAACAAACUAAAUUUAUGCCACCUAUGUUAUAUCCCCUUUUUAAAAUUUAUGCCAAUGUAUACACUACUUUCUUUUUUUAUAUAUAUAUGCUUCCUUUGUAUUCUUUUAUUAUUUCUGUACAGUUAACCCUUUUUUUUUUUUUUUCAUGUGAAUAAAACUAUUAUGCCA